AUGCACCACCUCUUGUCACCACGGACGGCGCGGCACGCCCGCCUGUUCCGCCUCGCCAACCGCCUUGCUGCAGCCCCCGGCGUACCGCAGACCGACGGCGAGCGCCUGCUUUGGGUGAACUCGCACGUGAAGCGUAAUAAGGACAUGGAGCUCUCCCGCCUGGAGGAGGAGCUGCGUGAGCGGCAGAUGCCCCUCGAGGUGGGCGAGAACGCCUUUGCGGCGAGCGGGCAGGCAACGCACGGCAACCUCUUCCAAUUCCGAGAUUACCCGAUGUAUCCCGGUGAGUACGUGCCCGCCGAGCACAAUACACUCUCCUCGCUGCGCGACGAGCUGCGCCUCGAACUCACUGCGCAGUCGUUGAAGGAGGCGUGGAUGCGUGUGAGCGGUGGCGUCUACUUCCAGUCGGUGGAGGACUACUACGCAUCCGUUGAUGGCCUCGACGCGGAGCAGCUCGGGGAGGUCCUCGCCGCGCUCUUUCCCGACCUCAGCGCCUAUGAGGCGCAGGCGCUCGUGCAGUGUACGCUGGAGUCGAUCAGCAAGCCGAUGAACACCGCGUCGCGGCAACUGAGCCGCACCAUUACGGCGGAUGCGGUCGGCCUUGACAACGCCCCCGGCCACUACACAAACUUCCUUGAGUGGAUGGGGCGCCUCACCGAGACGCGUGCCUUCAAGACGGAGCACGCCCUCUUCGAGUUCAGCCGCCGCAAGUUCAACAGGGACGACGUGCGUGUCAUGUUCGAGAAUUACGGCCUGAUGAGCAGGGCGACACUCGCCGCCGACAGCUCGGACAGCUACACACACUUCUACACGGUGCUGAAGGACUUUGCGCGCAAGGUGGCCGGUGAGGACUCGCGCCACCAGAUCGGUGUGCGCAUCGACGAGGCGGAGGUGGACACAGAGACCGGCAUCGCUGUGGGCCGCGGCUGCGCGGAUGGAGAGAAGUACCAAUUCACCGCACUUUUGCGCGAGAACCGCGACCACAACGGCGCCAUUACGGUGAUGGGCAAACCGCUCUCCCUCGUGCUCGACAACAAAGCGUGGCUGAUGGAGAUGGUGCUCAUGCCGUUCGAUGAGGCGAAGCUGGAUUAUAGGGACUUUGACGUGCACAUUGUGUCGGAGGGGCAUGCGAUGCCUUCUAUUGCCAAUGAGAUCGCGGCCUUUGCGCUGCGCAUGGCCGUCGCUAACGCUCUGGUGAAGUUGCUGCCGCUCACUCGCAUUCCGCUGAAGAAGUCUGGCCUGCUCUCUGUCGACCGGCGCCGCGAGAGGGGCCAAUUCCCAGGCUACGUUGACGGGAAGAAGACAAAGCGGAAGUUCGCCAAGCGUUAG